AUGCCUUUAGAGAUACUAGUUAAAGAUAAUACCAAAAUUAAAAAGUUUAAGACUCAAUUGGAGGAAACAGGCAAUUUUGUAAAACCCAUAUAUAAAGAAUUAGGGUAUACUAUCAUUAGAACCAACUUAAAUUCCAGUGAGCUUGAUUUCAUGCAAAAUUUAUUUCCUAAUGAAAUAAUAAGAAAAUAUAAAGAUGAUAUUAAAAAUGAAAAUGCUGUGACAAAUAAACAAAAUGACACAGCUCGUGAUAUAUUGAGUUUUACCAAAAUAUAUUUUCAAGAUAGAAUCCAUGCUGAAAGAUUAAAUGAAAUUUUAGAACAUGUACCAUUAAAAUAUUCCAUAUACUCACCGGUUUUGUUAUUAAAUAAUUCUAAUAAAAGAUCCUUUAAUCAUGAAACGUGGUCUGGAUUAUUAACAGAAGAUUAUUACAAUAAAUUGUUAAAAUUUUUAUCUUCGAACAGUGGGAAAGCUAACACUACCACUACUGAGACUCUUCGCGUGAUUGCAAUUAAUAGGCCUAUAAUAGAACAUUGCAAUAUUUUGCGUAGACCAUAUAAUAUAGACCUACUUUAUUCUAUGGACCAUCCAACAGAUCCAAGUCUACUACCGAAGGAAACAUUGUGGUGUGAGGUCAAGCAAAAUGGGAUAUGGCAGACAUGGAAUCCAUUUCAUACGAUGUUUUCGAGAGGUAAUAUCAAGGAAAAGAAAAGAAUAAUAGACACAUUUGUUGACAUUGAGAACAAUGAUGUGAUUGAUCUUUAUUGUGGUAUAGGGUAUUUUAGUUUUUCCUAUCUUUCAAGAAACUGUAGAAACCUAUUUGGAUUUGAAUUGAAUCCAUGGUCUGUUGAAGGUUUCAAUAGAGGAUUGAAAAAAAAUAAAAAUUUUGGUAAAUCAUUAGACAAGAAAAAUGACAUGAGACCAGAAGGUAUUCAUAUAUAUAAUGAAACUAAUGAAAUGAGUGAUCAACGGUUAACAGAAUUUAAAUUGAAACACCAACAAAACAAUAGUAAUGUUCUAAGAAUAAGACAUAUUAAUAUGGGAUUAUUGCCGUCUAGUCGGCAAGGGUAUCCAGUUGCCCUAAAGCUGAUAGCAAAUCAUAACAAUUGGGAAGAAUGUCCAAAAAUCACGUUACAUGUCCAUGAAAAUGCCAAUUCAAAAGAAAUAUCUCAAGGUUACAUCCAAGAAAAGGUAUUGAACGAAUUGAAAUUCUUCAGUGACACAAAGAUACCUGAUAUGAAGUAUCAAUUUGAAUUAAUACAUUUGGAGAAAAUCAAAACGUAUGCACCUGAUAUCUGGCAUGUAUGUCUUGACAUUGAUAUAAUUAAACUAUAA